GUUGAAUCCUUUGGCACCUGGGUUUAGUUUCCUCUGCUACAUUGUUGACUCCAAACUCUUUCUGGCCUCCAAAGUGAGUCAGGAUGGACUCAUCUUCUCAACUGAGUUAAGAGUCAGAUACUUCCCUGCACAUUACAUGGUUGACACCAGAACUCUCACAAGCAUUGCUUCAUUUGACCCUCACAGUGGACCCUUGUGUCAAGAAGGUAGAUGUUGUUAUCUCUGAUUUUGUCUAGCAGGAUCCUGAGUACAUACUUCCUCAUUUGAUACACUGUUAUGGAAAUGCUGCCGAACCCUCCCAACAGUGACAGACAUUCAGUGGAAACAUGGAAGAUUCAGUCAAACUGGUUAUUUGACAAACAUAGACCACUGUUGCCCAAUCCACAAGUACAUCGUGGCACUUGGAGUGUCAGGAAGACGCCCUGGGUGUGUGUCACCAUCAAGGGUUUCUUCAUUUCUACCAGCUUCCGGUCUCUCAUUUAUCUAGCUUCUAGCUGCAACUGUAUCUCAUUCUUCAUUUUGUCCCAUGCAAAAGUUCCCAAGUUCCUAACCAAUAAGGAGUCCUCAGGAGCAGCAGGAACUCACCUGACUAGGCAUUUCCAUGAUGUGGCUGUUUUUAACAACAACCUAUUUGAUUUGUGGAACUUUAAAUGCUGGUGGAUACUUUAAUUUGGAAAAAGAAGCAAAUCCUGAAGUGUGGAUGAAUAUUAGUGAAAUCAUUGAGUACAACGGCUACCCCAGUGAGGAAUAUGAAGUCACCACUCAAGAUGGAUACAUACUCAGCAUCAACAGAAUUCCUCAUGGCCGAAGAGACACUAAGAACACAGGUACCCGGCCAGUUGUAUACAUGCAGCAUGCCCUGUUUGCAGACAGUGCCUCCUGGCUUCAGAAUUUUGCCAAUGGCAGCCUUGGAUUCCUUCUAGCAGAUUCAGGUUAUGAUGUUUGGAUGGGAAACAGCCGGGGGAACACUUGGUCAAGAAGACACAAAACACUCUCACUGACUCAAGAGGAAUUCUGGGCCUUUAGCUUUGAUGAAAUGGCCAAAUAUGAUCUCCCAGGAAUAGUAGACUUCAUUGUAAAUAAAACUGGUCAGGAGAAGUUGUAUUUCGUUGGACAUUCACUUGGUACUACAAUAGGGUUUGUAGCCUUUGCCACCAUACCUGAGCUGGCACAGAGAAUCAAAAUGAAUUUUGCCUUGGGUCCUAUGAUCUCACUCAAAUACACCAUCGGCAUUUUUACCAGAUUUUUCCUACUUCCAAAUUCUGCAAUCAAGAAAUUUUUUGGUACCAAAGGUAUCUUUUUAGAAGAUAAAGCAAGGAAGUCAUCUUCUACCAAACUCUGCAACAAUAAAAUAUUAUGGGUGAUAUGUAGUGAAAUUAUGUCCUUAUGGGCUGGAUUCAAUAAGAAAAAUAUGAAUAUGAGCCGAAUGGAUGUUUAUAUGUCCCAUGCUCCCACGGGAUCAUCAGUACAGAACAUCCUGCAUAUAAAACAGCUUUAUCAGUCUGAUGAAUUCAGAGCUUAUGACUGGGGAAGUGAAGCUGAGAACAUGCGUCAUUACAAUCAGAGUCGUCCCCCACUAUAUGACCUGACUGCCAUGGAAGUACCUACUGCUAUUUGGGCUGGAGGAAACGAUGUCCUUGUAACACCCCAGGACGUGGCCAGGAUACUCCCCCAAAUCAAGAAUCUCCGUUACUUCAAACUGUUGCCAGAUUGGAACCACUUUGAUUUCAUCUGGGGCCUUGAUGCUGCUCAACGGGUGUACAGUAAAAUCAUAGACUUGAUGAAGUUAUAUCCCUAACAGAAAUACAUCUACUUGCUUCCAAGCCCAUAAGAGGCUUUGGAGAAACUACUUAUCAGCAGUGAAGCCUACAGCCUUCACCCUGUUGCCAUUGCUGAAGGAUUCCCUGGUAGCAGCAUCCCUUUGGGGAGUUAUUUCAACUGUGCUGCUCUUUCUCUAAGAAAUGUCCACAUUUGAAAUCUCAGACUCUCUUGCUGUCAGUUAGGGAUAGGUCCUUUUUUUUCAUCUACAAUGAUCCUCUCUGUGAACUUGUGGGAGGAGUUAAAAUAGGUCCUUCUCUUCCCUAUUUCAAAAAUAUAUACAGUGUUUCAUGCAAAUGAUACCCAUUCCCCAUUCCCUUUGUCAAAGGAUUGAAUAUAAACAUAGGGGUGCUGGCAUAGAGAGAAAGACCUUGUCAAGGCAGCAAUUUGGGAAUAUAUUUUGGGUGGCUGUGCUCUCAUGGCUUUCUUGAAAUCACAAUUAGGGAAACAGCAUUAUGGUCCUCUAUAAACAAGCCAUAAAAUAAGCGCUGGCCCACACAAUGCAUGGAAAAAAUAGCAGAAUUGAAAGCUGACCAAAUUUAAGUGUUAUAAGAAUUUGUUUUAUGGUUACAAGCUAUAAACUGGGGGUUGGGCAAGGAAAACAAAAUUGGGAAGGACUAGGAUAAGCUGAAUUUCUAGUUAUUAAAAUUAUUCGCUAUAGGUCACUGUCUUUAAAGCAAGGUUAAAUUAAUAAAGCUUUCUGAAAAAAAUGUCCUAGAACUCAUAGGCAGUAGGCAACAGUCUUAAGUUAUAACACAUGAGAGUUCAUUCUCUCUUGUUUUGCCCUAAAGAUAGAUUGAUCAGCCAUCAUGUCUUCUAGCAAAGUAGAAUUUAUAUGACUGAA